AUGCAUGAAUUUCGUAAUGUAACACAACCAUCACAAAGACUUUAUGAAGAUUUAAUUGCUAAACAAGAAAUAUCAAUAAAUGAAUUUAAAAAAGAAUUAUUAAAUUCAUCUUCAAAAGAUUUUAGUACUACUCUUGUAUCAUCUUCAUCUUCACCAUGUCAUUUUUCUAGUGCUAUUAAUCCUUCACCCUCAAAACAUCGUCUUUCUAAUAAUAAUACACCAGCUCUUCCUUCUUAUGCAAUAUUACCACCUCGUUCAAGAUCUCAUCAUCGUCAUGCACAUCGAGAUAGUUCAUUACCAACGCAUGAUCAAGAAAAACAUCUGAAAUUUCUAUCAAAAGUUAGUCAAAAUGAUACAUUACAACGUCGAAAUUGUGAUCUACAAUUGAAUAAUCAUUUAAGACUAUAUCAACAACCAUUACCGUCGGAUGAACAACAUGCAUCACCUAUUCGUGCAUCAAGUUAUAAUGCUUUGCAACCAGUCACUGUAAAUAUAUAUUCUUUCUUUUGUGAGACAUGA